AUGACAAGUGAGAUCCUCAGCGAUGCACAGAUCGAUCAACUUCUCCUUGACGCAGAAGCACGACUACGAGCAAGAGUAGCACAACUUGCUCCUGCUGGCAUCCAGAACGAGGUAAGCCUAGAGACAGGUGAGCCCAGAGCGAAACACAGAAAACCCCUGCCGAAACUGCGCCAUGGACUGGACCGAACAGGAUACCUCAAGGACAGCAAUGGUGUUGUGCAGACCGACCCCAAAGCACUAGUGAAAUCCUCUCAGACGCCGCUAUCAAGUGACCUGCGAUCAGUUGAUGACGCGAAGAAAUCAAACAAGAUUAAUGAUCAGCUCAAUGCCGGCCCUGAAUGGUUCGGGCUCCCGAAAACCGAUCUUACUCCUCAGUUGAAGCGAGACCUUCAACUCAUUGAAAUGCGAUCCGUCCUUGACCCGCAUCGACACUACAAAAAGAAUAACCGCAAGGGCAAAAUUCCCACCUUUUCACAAACGGGCACGGUGAUCGAAGGGCCGACCGAGUUCUACAGCUCAAGAAUCAACAAAAAGGAUCGCACGAAGAACUUCGUUGAAGAGGCCAUCGCUAUCGAACGAGUCACUGGCCGGUUCAAGCGGAAAUACACAGAGAUUCAACACAAAUCAACCAGCGGCAGGAAGGAGCAUUACAAGAAACUCAUGGCCCAAAGAAAGAAGAAACACUGA